AUGGAGUCUUUAAAUCAUCCGUCAUUAGAGGCGAGUGUAGAUCUUGAGUUGCAGCCGGAGCAACCCAAGCAGGAGAACAGCGAGUCGGGUGCUGCUGCUGUUGCACAGCAAGCUGCAGGUGACGUGCUGCAACAGCAACCAGAGCACCAACAGCAGCAGCAACAACAGCAGCAGCAGCAACAGCAGGAGUCUCCUCCCCUUCAGGGAGUAGAAGUAUUUCAAUUAAAUACUUCCCGUUGUCGUCGUCAAUCCUUGCCAAUGACUGUUCCUGUUUCCUUAGAUAUUGAACUAGUACAGACACCUCAUGAGGUGUUACCACAGCCUAAGAGAAUAAUAGAGGGAUUAUCUCCCUUAGGGAAUAUAAAUCAGCCUACUUUAUUAGGUCCUCCUGCUCCUUCAGGUUUCCCGCUGCUGCAACAGCUGCAGGAAGAUGCUAUGAACCCUAAGGAAACCCUUCCUCCUCUUUCUCUUGCUCCUCUCCCUACCUUCGUAGGGGUUCCUCUCCCUGUCCCUCUUGAACAACCUAAAAGAAAUUCAAGUCCUCAACAACUAGACUCUGUCGCUCUUACUGUCCUACAACAUCCACGAGACCCAACAGCAGAAGCAACAGCAGCAGCAGCAGAAGCAACAGCGACAGCAGCAGGCAGGCAACCUCCUCGCACUGCUGGACCACCUUCAACAACUCCUAAGGCGGAGGGGGGAGGUGUGGGGCCCCGAUUGUCUGCUGAGCCUUUGCUGCCUCUUCUAUUGGGGAAUACAAUAGAGGGGGCCCCCCCUUGGCCUCUAUCGGAGACAGAGGACAUUGCUGCCUAUCAGCAUAGUACCCCAGCUACAGCUCCUGCUUCCCUGUCUGCUAGCUUACCGGGGCCCAUAGGGGGAGUCCCCUCUGCUGCUCCUUGCAUGCGCUCUUGUGUCAGUGCUGUUAACGGCUCUGUCUAUGAGGCUGCAGCAGUUGUGGGGGCCCCUGCCGAUACACCUGGGGAGGGUCUCUAUGUUGUGCAAGACCCUAACAUUGUUCCUGCCUCUUCUAUCGUGUUUCUUCCGGGUAAUACAGGGCAUGCACCUGCUGCUUCUGCUGCAGCAUCAGCAGCAGAAAAAACAACAGAGCAGCAAAUAUGGAAAGCCAACUUCUUAGGGCCAUCUGGAGGGCUAGCGGGAGCAGCCGGGGGGGCCCCGGGGGGGGGACCCCGCUUACCGGUUACCGCUUUGGGGCCCCCAGGCAGCUGGAUGAGUUCCUAUGGAUCAGAGCCCUUAGAUCCCCAGUCUCUGCAGAGCCGCAUGCAAGAAACUGCUGCAGGUACUUCAGCAGCAGCAUCAGCAGGAGGAGCUGCAGGAUCAGGAGCAUCUGGAGCAGCGGGACGGCACGCUGCAGCAGGGGGGGGCCCCAGUUCAGGAGGGCAGCUGCGUUGCAAGAAGCUGCUAGGAGGGGCACGACUGUUAGGGGCCCUAGCUGUUUGGUUUUGCAUGCUGCUGGGUAUAGCCUUUUUGCUGCUGCUUAAGCCAGGAGGAGCAACACAAGUGCUGCAGGUGGCAGCACCUGUUGCUGCUGUGCUGCUGUUCCUCUCUCCCGCAGCAGCAGCAAAGAGAGCCCUAAGAGAAGCAGACACUGCAAGUCUUCCUGCUGCUGUCUUUGUUGCUCAAGCUGUGGCAUGUGCUAUCGCUCUUGUCUAUGGAAUGCAAAUAAACAGCAACGCCAUCUUUAUUACCAAUACUAUUGGUAUGGUGCUUGAGGUAUGCUGGCUUGCAGUGUUUGCUGCUUGUCUACAGCAGCGAAGUGAGUCGCGUUGUGCUGCUCGUAGUGGAGGUUUAACAACGGGAGGAAGCUUCUCUGAAGAGGCUCCUUCUUGGUUGCGGCAGGCAGUUGGGAGUGGAGCAGCAGCAGCAGAUUCGCCUCGUGCUGCAGCAGCAGCACCUUCGCUGCAGCGACGCGGGGUGCAGAGAGUUUCUCUGAAGCACAAGCCGGCGAUUAGUCUUCACUCCAAUCCCUCGCCUUCGGGUGCUGCUGCAGCUGCAUCGGCAGCAGCAGCAGCAGCAAGCUCAAAGCCUCCACGCAAGAGCGGCGCGCGCGCAGCAACGACACGACACAAGAGGCAUCCAGGGCAGCAGCAGCAGCAGCACCUGCAGCAGCAACUCCAGCAACAGCAACAGCAUCCAGCAAUAGGAGCCUCGGCAGGUGGCAGUACCCACAAAGGAUCCCCGCGAGCCGCCCUAACGGCUGUGGGGCCGUCAAGUUCUUCACUGCAGCGCAGCAGCAGCAUAGCGAGCUGUAUGAACAGAGCCAGCGGCGGCAGCAGCAGCAGCGAGGAUAGCGCGGAUAACAGCAGCAACAGCAACUUUGCAACGGAAGCAGAUCGCAACAGCAGCAACAACAGGAGACGUUGCGGUGCCAUUGGAGGUGUACCUGCCUCCCUCUCCCUCUUCGGAGCGCACGUCCCAAGACUGUGUCUAAUGAUAAGAAUGAAGUCGCACGAAUGCUUGCCAACUCCUCUCGUUCUAAUGGGAAUUCUUUGCAAUGGUUGUUGGGCACUUCUUGGAUUCAUCGCCGGACUUGGCGCUGUCUGCUGCGUUGGUGUUGUUGAUGCAUGUCAUUUGGUGGACGAAGGGGCUCUGCAGUCUAUUGGACUUUGA